GAGGGCAAGGCUAUCUAUCCCCCAGUACCUACCGAACGGAACAGGCGUUAAAUAGGUAAGCAGACGUGCAGUGAUUCGAUUAUUAUAGGGAUCCAGAAAAAUGAAAUCCGAUUAAGUCAAAGUACGGGCUGUCGUCAUGUCUUCAUUUCUUUCACUGGCAUUUCUUGAUUUGGUGCCAGUUGUAUCGAAGUCGGCUUCCCUACCAAGCCCCUAGGCUCCUCAAUUGCCUGAUACCUCAAUCAAUACCUGCACAGGCUCAUCUUUCCCCGUCUGGCAGUAAUUCCAUCUUUCAUUUCCCGCCAUCGUCCAGACGCCCUCAAGGACAGCACAACAUGCGGUUUCUCUGCCUCCACGGGAUGGGCACCAACUCGGAAAUAUACGAGGCCCAACUAGCGCCGAUCCGUGGGCACCUCGGCGCAGAGCACGAAUUCGUCUUUGUCGACGGCGCCAUCGAAUGCGAGCCAGCCCACGGCGUGGCCGACAUCUUCCCGCCGCCCUUCUUCUGCUACUACAGCAAACCAACGCGCAGCCAGCUGCAGGCGGCCUACGACCUCGUCGAGGAGGUCUUGGAAGAGGACGGCCCGUUCGACGGCGUGUUUGGCUUCUCCCAGGGCGGCGCCCUGAUCGCCUCGAUGCUGCUGCAGCGCUGCAGGACAGACCCGGGCGCGCCCGACCUGUUCCGGGUCGCCAUCUUCACGUGCGCCAGCCUCCCCUUUGACCUCGACUGCAACAGCGACGACGGCAGGAUCAAGUACUACACCGCCAUCGACCCCCUCACUGGAGCCGUCAGCGUGCGCGACUUUGUCCCCGGAAUAACUCACGUGGAAACGACCAAGGUCAACGGGUACAUCACGAGCCCGGAGCCGGGCGAGCUCCCGCUGCGAAGGUACCACCCGGACCGCGAACGGCUGCGGAUUCCCAUUUCCACGGUCCACAUCCUCGGCGAGCGGGAUCCAUUUGUGCCGCAGAGCCGUGCUUUGGUGGGGCUUUGCGACGACGCGGUGGUGGUAAGUCAUGAGAGGGGCCACGAGCUGCCGCGUGACGGCUUGUUUGCGCGUAAGGCGGCCAAUGCCAUCUCCGCCGCUGUUUCGAAGUCCUUAUUUCGGUGCUGAGAGGAAGGAGUUAAAAAGUGGUGGUCUAGUUCGGCAAUACGGCACCGAUUCAACCAGCGGUUUGUCAAUUUGAGCUGGGGAUUGAUGAUCUGGACGUAAUGGAAGGAUGAAUGGGCCCUUUUUGAAUGUUUCACGACUGCAGGUCUACGGUGCGUACCGUGCUUUCUUUGGCCGAGAUAGAAUUUCAACCUCUUAUUUAUAACGCAGUACGCGGCCUCUAUAGUA